AAUUUCUCUUUAGACGUUGGAUCGUGCAGUUUGUAUCAGCAAAGAUCCGACGCCAUGGAGGUCCUCUUAUGGAUGGCCUUUCUCUCCACAUUUCUGGUGGUGCUGGCUGUUGCGGCGUACUUCGGAUAUGCCAUUGCUUACAUUUUUUACAAGUAUUUCGUUUGCGUGUAUUUUAAAAAGCCAAUCGACUUGAAACAACGCUAUGGCUCGUGGGCAGUAAUCACCGGUGGCUCGCAAGGCAUAGGAAAGCAUUAUGCAAUCGAACUAGCGAAGAGGAACAUAAAUAUUGUGUUAGUCAGCAGGAGCGAGGAGAAACUAAGAGCGGUGUCUCAAGACAUAGGUGAAAAAUACGGCGUUAAAACAAAAUACGUGGUUGCUGAUUUAGGAAGCGGGAGAGUUGCAACUGAAAAAAUUUCGUCGUCAAUUCAAGGACUCGACAUUGGAAUUUUAGUGAACAAUGCUGCAACGCCGGGUGGCUUGCCGAAUUACUUCUACGACCUACAGCGCAAUGACAUUUGGAAUCUCCUGACGCUGAAUAUUUGCUCCCUCACUGAUUUGGUCCACUUGGUUUUGCCUGGAAUGAAAGAGCGACGCCGAGGAUUGAUCGUCAAUGUUUCUUCCGUAGCUGCACUUGCACCGAACCCAAUAUCUUCAAUUUACGCUGCGAGCAAGGCAUAUGUUCACAGUUUCUCUGAAGCCGUAAAAGCCGAAUGCGAAGGAACGGGCGUAGAAAUACAGACUUUGGCGCCGGGGUAUGUGGACACUGGGUUUAUUGACGGAAACAAACAUUAUCUGCCCGGCUUUUUUAAUCCAACGCCCGAAAAUUAUGCAAAGAGUGCAGUGGCCACAAUAGGGCAUAUGAAGUGGACUUCGGGUUACUGGGCACACGAGCUUCAGAGCGUAUCGCUGGAAUUUCUGCCGAUGGGACUGCGCCAGGUCGUGAUGGCUAUGUUUGUCGACACGAAGAAAUACAAAAGCAUAUAACUUGUAUUUGGAGACAUCCUUUACUGAAGGUUGACUCACGCUGCAAUUGUCGUGCGGCCUUUGUUCCUCUUUGCUGACUGAAGAUUUUAAUUAAAUUCAAGUUGUACAA